UCCAAAUAGGGAAAAUUACAACACCAAACGAAGGAUACUAGCGGCAUUAUCCAGGUGAAACUGCAACCGAGUGGCCGCAGAAAAAAAAGGUGCGCGCUUCACUUCAAGAGGAUAACUGUUCGCAUCUUCACAAAUCGUCUGCGCUUUUUUUUCCCUUCUUUCUUUUUUUUAUAACUCUAAACAAGAAAAAUAAAAAGAAGAAAGCAGCAUGCGAGAUCGUUUUGUUCUAUAAAGUUUGGAAUAAUGGACGAUAAAUGAGAUUGCUCAAGGCCAUAAAUGUAGUUUAACACAUAUUAGCUUGUGAAUUUGUUGGUAACAUGCCUUCAAACGACAGAUACAGCAGUGCCUCAAAUGGCAGCCAGCCAACCAUAACCCGGACUGUCACAAAAAGCGUUGUUCCAGUGGGAUCUACCGAUCUUGUGGACCCUGAUGUGGUUUUCACAAAGAAACACGAGGAAUGGACGACGAGCAAACGAGUGGUCAACCAUAAAACGAAACAGGUUGAAACUCGAGUGCAAAGACAGCUGGUUCUGGAAGACGGACGAGUAAUAGCAGAUUCUGGGCCACAAGUGACGACCAAAACGAAAGAAGAUGUUCGUGUCGAAGAGUCUGAAAAUACUGAACACAAAUCUACAGGGGAUGAUCCUCCAGGUCCAGGAUACGAGUUAGUUCCGGGAGCGACUAAAGUGAUCAGCGAGAAGACGGAGAGUAAUCAGACGAUGACAGAAACCAGGGAAGAGAACAGACAAAUGCACGAUGAGAGUAUCAAAGAUCUCUCUGGGGAGGAGAUUCACCAGAGGACCAUCAUUUCUCCAGAUGACCCCAGCUUUUUCAGCCCCUUCCCCGGUAAAUUGACCCAUUACUCCAGUCGGUCACAGAAAAUAGUGGACAAAGACGAAGUCAAAGAAGUAUCUGAAUUGAAAGAUGGAGAAGUGUCCACAGAGACGACCAGGACCCAUCAUCACGAAGAAGCAUACGACGAUGAGGUUCCUGAAGAGGAAGCAGAGGAAGGGAUGGUACCGGAGCGUUCUGGCGAGACAUCUCGCACAAUCCAGUACUACACAGACCCUAAAGAAUUUGAUGCUGUUACAGAGAAGCUACAGGAGGAAUCCCGGAGAUCUCGCCUCAUUAAUCACCGGCAAAAUGAAGCAGACCUCCCGUCGGUCACUCACCGCUGGUCGGACAAUGGUCACUUUGGAAGACAUAAAGAAAUCACAAACGAUGUCCGUGGAGAGACAACAACAAGGACUAAAUCCGGUGGGAACCGGAUUACUAUUGAGAUGUCAGGAAACAGAUCUAGCCCAAGUGAUUUAUCGCCCAGGGAUACUAUGAUCAAAGACAGAUCCAGGGAAUCUACUUUGAGAAACCGGCCUUCAUCAUCCAGCUGGCGCAAUGAGCCUAGUCCUUCUCCACCUUAUCCUCCGAGCACUCCGAUUCACAAUAAUACACUGGGGAGAUCCACGGCCUCUCCUUUCGAAGUAUCCUCAAGUUCUGGAUCGUCCAGAUCCAAGACUCCCGUAAAGACCUUUUACUUGGGCGAGGAUAAUUCAUACCAGAGAGAUGUGAACAGCUGGAAGAAGAAAGUCAAUAACAAUUCCUUUACAGAUGGCAUGAGCUCUGCUUAUUCCAUUGGAGACACCAAUUCUUUGGGGAGGUCAAAUCUAUCGGGUCAUUACGGUGAACGCAGCGACUCGUUCUGCAGAAUACCAAGGAGUAAAUUUAACGAACCAAUGAGAUAUGAUACGCUCAAUAACGGUACCGUGUAUAGCAAAAUAUCUCGUAAUGUGAAGACUGAUAAGAAUGUACAAGUAUCUAUGUCUGAUGAUGAUGAUGACAGCUCAACUUUGAAGAGAACAGGAUACAGGGAACGAUCUCUCAGCCCUCCACGUUUGGGUAACAGUAGAAGCACAACGACUCUUCCCAGAACCAUCAAGAUUACUCAUGAGCAGACAAAGUCACCUUAUUCAACAAAUUCUUUGUCGCAUUCCAAGUACUACAAAUCGACAGAUUCACUGCAUUCUCCAGGUUACAGCAGUUAUUAUUCUUCAAAUGAUUAUGGGUCUUCGAAUUCAUUCCGGAAUUCCUCUCCUAUUUAUAACAAUGGCUCAUUCCACAAAGAAACACGUAAAAACGACUGGAACAGCUCAAACUUCAAUGAUACUUACAACAUCAACUCGAAAAACCGAACGCAUGAGAUAAAGAUCCACAAGACGAACAGCCAUGAUGUUCUUACAAAUGGCACUACUUCAAGAAGAAGCAAAACAGAAUCUCCCAAUUGGUAUAGCUCUUCUUCUCUGAAGACAAGAAAAAUACCAACUUCUCCACCAGAAUCUGGGUACCAAUCUCCCUUUCCACCAACGCCACCAUCAAGUCCUCCACCAAGAGUGAUAAAGGUAAUGAAUUCUGACCAUUAUGGCAGCUCUUCUUCAAUGUCGCCACCAGAUUCUCCGAUCCAUAAUUCCACAGCUUCCAUCAGGAAGAAGUCAGCUUACCCCUCAGGAACAGCUUCCAGGUCCAAGUCUUCAAGUGAUCUGCGUAUGCCACCAUUGUUCUCGCCAGAAUCGUUUAGUCCACUGACUAGUCCAUUAACUCUGAAGACCGUUGGAAAAAAGAGCGAUAGUCCAACCCAGAAGUACUACCGAGUCAAACCAGGCCAAGAUGGACAGUCUGUCGUUGUGCAAGUGCGUGACUGGAGUAAACGCUGAGCUGUGCCUUUUCUGCAUUUAGAUAUCUAACUUUUUUUACAAAAACGAGUCAAUACUUCUUUAAAAUAAAAUUGUACAGGUCUUUUAUACUAUGUUUCUUGAAGUUUAGAAGAUGGCAGAAUUUUUGCCAUUACAUAUGUUGUUAAAUACUGGGAUCUGCUUUACUGGUGCCUCAAGCAAUGAGAGAACAGAGUAAACUAUGAUUUAAAAAACAACUGAAAUUUCUUAUGGAUGGUUAAAAAAACUCAUGCAAGUUCAAAUUUUGCUGAGAUACAUCAUCUACAAUUUAUGACAAAAUUGCAGAAUGAUGUGUAGUUUAUACAUGUUAUGUUACUAAAGUAUUAAUAUUUCGUCUAUUAUUUUUGGAGACUAACAGCUUAAAUUUAGACAUUGUGGUUCAGAAUCUUUUCUGCAUUAUCUUGCCACUAAUGUAUAUUUUUUCAAUUUUAUAAAUACAUUUUCAUGUUCAGUGUUAUGCACGUGCAACAUGUUAGACUUACCGUGCUUAAGUAUAUAAGGAAGAAAUGGAGAGAAACAUGAAAAAAAAAUGCAUAGAAAAAUAUAUUUUUAAAAUACAUAAUUGGCGAUAUAAAAAUUCAUGGCAGCUGCCAUUGUAUUCGUGAAGAUUUAAUUGACUGUAAGAUUAUAAAUAACAAGGGAAUAGAUACAAAGUAUUCUAUAAUAUAUGAUAUUAUUUUUAUGUUUAAAAUUCAUAUAUUUUUGUUUAAAAAAUUUCAAUUUAUAUAAAAUAAAUAAAAAUAAUUUUUUUUAUUUAAAAAUGAUAAGAAAUAUGCUACAAAAUAUUUUUCUGCCUAUUUUUUUCAAUCAUAUUCAAUUGUCAAAAAUUAAUGUCCUAUACAUUUUGAAACAUUUUUUUUUUAAUAUUAGCAGAUGUUGCUUAAUUUAAGAGUUGCUAUGAUAAAUUGAUACCGAAAACAUUAUUGUCAUGUCUGAAAAGCAAGUUCUUAUAUUUUGCACUGAAAGUGUUUUCAAUUAUCAUUAUUCAUCUUUCAUUUAUUUCAUCAGCUAAAAUUUUAACAAUUUAAAGAGCAAGAAAUUUAAUAUUUAGCUUCUUUUAAUAAUUUUUAAACACGUUCUUAAUUUUCUUUUAUGCUGUUUUUACUGAACGUUACGAAGCUACCAAGUGUUAUGUUUAUGUUACAGACUUAGAGAUGUAGACAUUUUUUUACUUUUUUUUGUACUAUUCACAAUUGUUUCUGACAGUUGGUUAUUAGGAUGUAACAAUUAAUGGAAUAAAAAAUGUUUAAUAUAAA